GGCACUUCAGUUCUCGAUUGGCAGUGAACCUGAGCGGAUGCGUUCCCUCGCAGCAGCUAGGUACUAGUCUUCUCUGACUGUCGUUUUGUUCGUUCUUUCCUGUGCACGUGCACGUGUUUGCAUUUUGAGUGUGUUUCUUGUCGUCGUCGUGCGCUUAAGUUUGUCCUCUUGCUGCUGUUGCCGCUGCAGCAUAAUACUGUCUGUGAAGCGAUUUUUCCUUCUUUCGCUUGUGUUUUGGGUGUUGGACUUUCUGGCUCGGACGUGCCCAUCCGCCUCAUUAUUGCACACUUGCUUUUUGGUUGGGCAGUGCGACGCGGAACAGGUUUCGCACAGUUGCUGCUUCCUUCUGGCGGACGAACAGUUACAGUGUGAAAUUUGGAAGCUUUUUUUGGCGACCGAGUGAACUCAAAUGGAUUGCUACAAACUGUUGAUAUUCGUGAAGAAAAGGUUAAAAUAAGUUUUUCGAGUGAAAGGAUUUGACUAAUCGAAGUGAAUUGACUAAGCACCAGAAGAAAAAUGGCCAUCGCAUUCUACUGUGAGGACGAGGAUCCGAAGAUGAUGUUCAGCGGUGGAUACCACCAGCAUCACCAGAGUUAUCAGUGGCAGCAGCAGCCGCAACAGACGCAGCACGCUGUUGCGGUAGGCCAGCAGCAUGCCGGCUCCGGUGGUGGAGGCACGGAUGUUGAUGAGAAUAACAACAACUGUGCCCUGCAUGGUGGUGGCGGUGGUGAAAGUGGUGAAAACGGUGGGGAGCAGCAGCAAUCCAGUGCUACCGUGGAGCACAGUAGCAAUCGGCAGUUGAUGCGAGUCCUGCACCAGGUGCUCUACCGGUACACGAUGGAAGGUGUCCUCAGUCCAGCUCAGACCUCGUGUGUCUUCUGCAACCGGAUCUACUAUCUGUUCCAACUGCUGUAUUGACCUCGGCGAAAGCAUCGACUGCAGUUGACUACCAGAAACAAAAUGUUCCGUACAAGGGCACAAAACCAGUUAUAGAAAAUCGUAAAAAAUGCGCAAAAAAAAACAAUCAUCAAAGCUAAACAACCGAUCAAUGGGGUGGCGCUUUUCUGACGACUGUUUGCGAAGGAGUUGCCAAGCAUCCAUCCUGGGAAAUCGCAGCGAAAUGGUUCAACACACGUCAGAGAUCUAGAGCCCCCUGUUCCUUCAAUGUAACGAAGCAGUGAUCGGUUUUCUGUGAUGAAAGCAAUUCGAACUAUAUGAAGAUGGCAUUUAAAUUUUAAUAGAAACGAUAAGCAGAUAAAGGAGCUAUUGGAUUAUUCUUUUUUGUUUGUUAGCAUAAAAAAAAAGAAAGGAGAUGCAUAAAACAAUUUAAAAAAAAACAUAUUGAUUAAGUACUGCAUUUUUGAACGUUUCAAAAAAAUAUUUCUUUCAUAUUAUACUUUUUUUUCUUUUUUUUUAUAAAUCCUAUCAGUAAGCUACAGUUAAUAAGGAAAUUGCGUAUUGUCGAUAUUAGGGUCAAGUACUGAUUAGGGUAAUCGAAUAACAGUUUUGAUUUUUUUAAAUGUUUCUUUUUUUCACAACUAUAAUGCUACAGCUACUUUAAGUUUUAAUCCCUCAAUUAUCAGAGAAAAAAUAACUCAACGUUAAGGCCACUAUUUUUUAUUAUUUUGGACCCAGUUCACGAACUGUUUGGAAUUGGGGAUUGCACCAAAUUCCAAAAACCACAUAAUCAGCCACUUCCGUUCGAUGCCAAGGAAGAUGAUCUCAGCCAUAGCAACGUAAGGUUUCAUUUGCACCGAAAGGUUCAGUCGAGAUUUUUUUUUAAUAUCAUUUCUUAUGUAAUUUAGAAAGUUUGUUUUAGUUUUGUAAAUCUUAAACUGAAGAUAACAUAAGUUUGGAAAAUAAAUUGAAAAUUAUAUUUCAAA